AUGGCCGGAGGAGACUUGAACCGCUUGUACGGGCUCUCUGACGUCUACCUGCCCAACGAAAACUCUCUUCCACCUCGAGGCUGUACGUAUCCAUACCGCGACUUCUAUACGGAUGGUCAGCGUAAAGUCACAUUUGAAUAUAGCCGUCGCCUCAACCCCGCAAAGCUCUUCUUUCAAUGCGUACGAAAGGAGGACCAGAUACCACUCUGCGUCAAGUUUACACUCAAGUAUGCGAAAGAGGCACACCAGGUGUGUAGCGAUCAGGGAGUCGCACCAAAGCUCUACAGUGUCGAACGGCUUCCGGGAGGUUGGUGGAUGGUCGUGAUGGAAUAUCUCUCCGAGGAGGAAUACACCAUGCGGAGCUCGGUCGAUGUCGACGUCGUCAAGUUCAAAGAGGCUAUUAAGUGUGUCGUUGGUCUUUUGCAUCGCAGCGGUUUUGUCCAUGGCGACAUUCGGGCUUGCAACAUUAUGAUCCGUCGCGAGUGGGACGAUGGCAUUGGAAUGAGGAACGUCAAACUGGUCGACUUCGAUUGGGCUGGGAAAGACGGCGAGGCGAGGUAUCCUGCAAAUGUGAAUUACGAGCAGAUCGUGCGACCAAAGGAUGCGAGGGAUGGAUUGCCUAUUACAAAGGAGCACGACCUGGAGAUGGUUGAAACCGCUGUGACCAACAACGAGUGGACAGGCAGAUUCUGA